AUGUCGCAGCCAAAAGUUUCCGGUGUCUGUUCCGUCCUCCCGGCGCCUCGCCGCCAUCCCCUCCUCCUCCCGGCGGCUCCCCUGUCCGCGCCAACGUUCCGCUCCGGUCUUCAUCGUCGCCUCACGAUCGCCCGUGCCGCGGGGAAUGUCGAGCCACGCUGCCUCGGAUCCUUCAGCCGUACCCGUCACCGUCCUCCGGCACUCCACUCGACUCGCGCCGGGAUUCCUCCAUCUUCGGCAUGUGUCGAUACAAGGCUGGUAGGAGAAAAUACAGGCCUGCAAAACGUGCAUACAGAUGGACGGGAGGCUAGAAUAAAGAAGCAGCUCCAGCAAGUUGAAUUAUCGCCAUCUUCUUACGACACGGCGUGGGUGGCUAUGGUGCCCUUGCCGGGCUCCCCUGGUGCUCCAUGCUUUCCCCAGUGUGUUGAAUGGAUAUUGCUCAACCAACAGGAUGAUGGAUCUUGGGGUGUCAACGAGUUUGGAUCAUCAGCCAACAAGGACAUUCUCUCAUCUACAUUGGCAUGUGUUCUUGCAUUUAAGAAAUGGAAUGUUGGCCACGAGCACAUAAGAAGAGGUCUACAUUUUAUUGGAAGGAAUUUCUCCAUUGCUAUGGAUGAGCAGAUUGCCACUCCUAUAGGCUUCAAUGUCAUCUUUCCUGGUAUGCUUAGGCUUGCCAUUGCGAUGGGCUUGCAGUUUCCUGUUAGACAGACUGAUAUUGAUGGGGUUCUACACCUCUGGGACAUUGAAGUGAAAAGGCAGGAUGGGAAGAAAUCAUGUGGCAGAGAAGCAUAUAUGGCCUAUGUUGCUGAAGGGUUAGGAAACCUGCUAGACUGGAAUGAAGUUAUGAAGUUCCAGAGGAAGAAUGGAUCAUUGUUCAACUCCCCUUCCACAACUGCUGCUGCAUUAAUCCACAACUAUGAUGAUAAAGCCCUCGGGUACCUAAAUUUGCUUGUCAGUAAAUUUGGUAGUGCAGUACCAACAGUAUACCCACUAAAUAUACAUUGCCAGCUGUCAAUGGUGGAUUCGCUUGAAAAGAUCGGAAUUUCUCACCAUUUUUCUACUGAGGUAAAGGGCAUCCUAGACAUGACAUACAGUUUUUGGUUACAGAGGGACGAGGAGAUCAUGCUAGAUGUAGCAACAUGCGCAAUGGCGUUUCGACUCCUACGGAUGAAUGGAUAUGAUGUAUCCUCAGAUGAACUGUCUCAUAUUGCUGAAGCUUCCGCUUUCCAUGAUUCACUUCAAGGAUAUUUAAAUGAUACAAAAUCUAUAUUGGAAUUGUACAGGGCUUCAAAAGUUACUGUAUCCGAAGAUGAACUGAUCCUAGAUAACUUAGGCUCCUGGUCUGGCAGCUUAUUGACGCAAAAGCUGUUAUCUAAUGGGUUCCCAAGAAUCUCGACCUAUGCAGAGGUAGAGUAUGCUCUUAAGUUUCCUUUCUAUGCCACACUGGAACGUCUAGAGCACAAGAGGAACAUCGAACAUUUUGAUGCUAGGGAUUCUCACAUGAUGAAUACAGAAUACUUGCCAUCUCGUGUCAACCAAGAACUUUUGUCUUUGGCUGUUGAAGAUUUCACCUUUUCUCAAACUAUUUACCAGGAUGAACUCCAACAUCUUGACAGUUGGGUGAAAGAGAACAAGUUGGACCAAUUGCAAUUCGCGCGACAGAAGUUAACAUAUUGUUAUCUCUCUGCUGCUGCCACGAUAUUUCCUCCUGAAAUGUCUGAUGCUCGUAUAUCAUGGGCCAAAAAUGCUGUGCUCACAACUGUUGUUGACGACUUCUUCGAUAUUGGAGGAUCAAAAGAAGAGCUGGAAAACCUCAUCGCAUUAGUUGAGAAGUGGGAUGAGCACCACAAAGAUGACUUCUAUUCUGAGCAAGUAAAAAUAGUAUUUUGUGCUCUCUAUACCACGGUGAACCAGCUUGGAUCGAUGGCUUCUGCAGUCCAAAACCGCUGUGUUAGAAAUCACCUGAUAGAAACUUGGCUACAAUUAUUGAGGUCUAUGAUGACUGAGACAAAAUGGCAGAUUACUCAAUAUGUGCCAACGGUGGAAGAAUAUAUGACAAAUGGAGUUGUUUCAUUCGCCCUUGGCCCCAUUGUGCUCCCAGCAUUGUAUUUUGUCGGGGAGAAGAUCUCAGAGUGUGUUGUCAAAGAUCAAGAGCACAGUGAGCUAUUUAGGGUAAUGAGCACUUGUGGUCGUCUCCUGAAUGACAUCCAAGGCUUUGAGCGGGAGGGCAGCGAAGGGAAACUGAAUAGCGUUUCGCUGCUUGUUCUUCACAGUGGUGGUCUAAUGUCCGUAGAAGGGGCUAAGGAGGCGAUACAGAAGAACAUAGUCGCUUCUAGGCGAGACUUGCUAAGACUGGUCCUCAAGGAAGACACGCUCGUCCCUAGGGCAUGCAAGGAGCUGUUCUGGAAGAUGUGCAGGAUACUUCACCUGUUCUACUUCCAGACAGAUGGGUUCAGCUCGCCCAAGGAAAUGGCCAGCGCGGUGGAUGCAGUCAUCAACGAGCCGCUCAAACUCUCGAGUUAGCAAUCCAUCUUUGGCUGUUUCAUCAGAACAUAGGAUUUCGUGUGUUGAUGAUAUGGAGCAGCAGAGGAAGCUGCGGUUAACCUUUGAUGCUGUUAGUGGGUGGUGUAAAGAUUAAGGCUGGAGGUUGUAAAAGGCCUGCUUGUGUUGUGAGAGUGACAGUUCAUUGUUCA